GAACUUUUGCCUAUCAGCUGGCUGACUCUUGCGGACAAAAUGACAACAUUUGAUUUUUGAUACGCGACGUCUGUUUAACUUGAGUAAACUUUUUCUAAGUAAAAGUGGAUUUAUUACAUAGGCAAUUAUUAUAUGUUAGUAGUAACCGAGAUACUGAUAUAUAUUGUUUGCUAUACUGCCGUUAUACGUUUUGUAUUGUCCUGUGGAUUGUGUAAUCAUAUUUUAUGGCGGGACUGUUAAAAUGGUCGCGCACACUAGUUUGGGUUCAUUUGAACCGGCGGUUUGUAGCUUCCACUACAGAAGCACAAGUUCCUCCUGGUGGUCAGAGGUUUGAAAACAUUGACACGAUAAACGAAAUGGCCGAAGCGGCGAGCAAUAUCCGCUGGGUUGAAUGUGAAUACGAAGACCCUGCGACAUCAGGCGAAUAUCGAACUCCACGUUAUCCAGGCCACUACCCCACUUCAAGUUUCCAGAAAGGUCUUCUUGCCAUCGGGUCGGCUUUGGUGUCCAUCACGGACGUCUAUAGAGCGGAUAUGAUUGCAUGUUUCGGUGAGGUGACGGGUCACUGCGGCUUCGAGUAUAUGUUGGGUCAGAUGAAAGCUUCGAAGGAAGGUCGACGGAUUUUAGCCCAACAGCCACGGAUAAACACCCAAACUGUUGAUUAUCCCGCACUUCUACGGAUGCCGACAAACACACUUGGAUACACCUACGCCAAAUUCAUGCAGGACAAUAAAAUCAGUGCCGACGAUCGCUCCCCGGUACAUUUCGUUGAUGACCCACAACUAGCGUACGUAGCACAACGCUACCGAGAAGUUCACGAUCUUUUCCAUGCCAUGAUGGCGAUGCCGACAACAAUGCUUGGAGAGGUUACUGUGAAGUGGGUUGAAGCCUUCCAAACAAGAUUACCCAUGGCUGGCACCGCUGGCCUGUUCGGGGCCAUCCGCCUAAAGCCAAAGCAUCGUCAGCUAUAUAUCACCAAAUAUCUGCCGUGGGCUUUGCAGACGGGCUUCGAGUCAAAGCCGUUUAUGCCAGUUUACUUUGAGGAACGAUGGACCCAAGAUAUUGAGGAUUUGCGACGCGAACUCUGCAUACCGCCACCGCCUAGCCUUUUUGCUUGAGGAGAGUAACGCGCUUUAGUGAGGAAAAAGUAACUAGCGAUAUCUAACCUAGUACUGAAUCAGAUAGUUGACGGAUGAUAAAAUCUGAUUCAUAUAAAUAGCCUAGGGCUAAUAAGGGCAAUUGCUGAAGUCCUAAUUAUAUUUAAAGUAGUAGCGUAUCGAACAUUGUUGAAAAGUAGGUAAAUCGUUAUUUUUUAUUCCAUCAUCAGCGCUUGGCUUGUUCUCUAUUCCAAUGUUUAGAUAUGUGUUACGUUAGUGUUAGCUAUACGUACAUGAACGUAGAGUUACAAAAUGUUUUUUCCUUUUUACUUCUGUCAUAACUAGUUCAAACCAACUUGUGUUCAGCAGGACAUUUUUAACCGUCUCAACACAGCAUCCGAUAAAUGCUCGGCCUGUUCUUACCAAUAUACGAAUAUUAGUAUAUAAUACAAUAAAAUAGUGCAGUAAUCUAGCACAGUAAAGGCAAAAUUAAAAAACAUCUAUUUGUACUAAGAGCACGACUUUAUUUAACUCUCGCCUUUUUGUCGUUCGAACUCUUUCCUUUUAGAUACACUUUCGUUAUUUUUCGAAAGAUUAAAUUUGCCCUCGGCGACUGGUGGGGGCUUCCUUAGAGAUUUGAUGUUUCUUCUCUUUUACUUUUAGCUUUAUCAUUGUACAGUAGCUCAUACUAUCUGCUAUAUUCACAGUUUAUAUACAAACGUAAAACAUAGAGCAAAAAAUACGAGUGUAUAGUUGCCCUUUUUCUACGACUGAAGGAGAUACAAUCAUAACAUUCAAAAUUUGAUAAUGCGUCGUGGUUAGCACGCCUUCUAAGGAAAUACUGAUAAUGUAUUAAUACAGUUUUGAGGGAAACUGGCCUUUGAUAAUCUAAGUAACCUGUGCUUUUGCAUCGAUACUAUUUUGCUCUAAGGACAAUUCUCAGACAAUCGGUGGCGACAACUUCCUUCUCCGACACCGAAAUGCAUAAUUUAAUUGUUUCCGUGUCAUGCUCUAUGUUUAAUUUUUCAGACUCAGCGCUCAUACUGUGGUCACUCAUUCCUCGUUGUAUACCUCAUUUACUUCUUCAUUUAUUCAAUUACUGCCUUCCUAGUUCUCUCGAUAUUUUCGUGUUUUUAAAAAAAAUACGCUAUGGGUGGAAAGGAAAAUUAAGUUCAUUUUGAAUAAAAUUCAGCUAUUUAGAGAAGAUUUGUACGAACUAAGCUGCCUCACGUCACUUGUUCAGAACUCCUCCAUUUCAUAAAAUGCAGACUGUCAAAUUAAAAAAUCAAUGUUGUUUUGUUAUAUAUUACUUGUCCUGUAACAUAGGUGACCAGAUCGGUAUAUUUUUGGUUUCUAGUUUUAAAAUUUUUCUAGUUCCUGAAAAUGUUAUUUAUAAAACAAAAGCUUCUAGUAUUUUGUGGCUCGCGGUCGCGAAGGUUUUAGCCCCAGAGUUUAUUUUAUAGUAACGGUUAUCCGAUCCCGAUAUCAAUAGAUACAGAAUUCAUAAUGAUGUAUGAACAGUUUAUCACAACAUUUUAUACGGUAAACUACGCGAUAAAACUUUGCAACAGAUCGAACUUCAGAAAACAUUAGGUGAAAUAUAAUCCAUAAAAGAAAUAUAGACAAUCCCUAUAUAGCAUACAUCCUGCGCAUUUGAAUUUUAGGUUUUAGUUUUUUUCGUACAGUUAAUGGCGUUCAAUCGUACAGCAUACCUAUCGUAUGACUACGCUAAAAGGUUCACUCGAUUGGUCCACCAUCUUAGAUUCAGUGAGUCGUUCAUGUUGUUUUGCUUCUGAUUUUCAGAACUUAUAUUUAUAUGAAAAUUUCGGCUACAAAAGCACCGGUAUCAACAAGCUGCAAUCGCUCACCCAUCAAAAAUUUUCGUGCUCAAAGGUAUAUAAUACACGUAGCAAAAUUAGUAAAAAUUGUCGCGGGGCAGACAGCUGUUCCAGCACUCAGUCCUGUUGCAACGCAAAUCUCGUUGUAGCAAUAGGAUAAUUAUUACAACGCUUUUUCUUCACCCGUAACUGUACAUGUAUAUAAACCUAUUGGCGUAGCACACAAAUAUGCAGAAUUCUCAUAAACAUUUAUUUUACUAGGUGGAAGUUAGUUUUAAUGCUAAAACCUGCUCCACCCCCAAUAAAACCAUUUGUUUGAUUGUUUGUCGUCUAUUGUUCCGACUGCUAUUGAGGGUGCACCGGCUCCAUUGCAUCAUUGCAGAAAAGACAACAAAUACAUUAAGUGAAGUUGUGUAACUAUAGUAAGAUAUUGCCAAAUUAUGGUAAGAUUAAGGUGAUACUGUUGUCAAAUUUGAUUAGAGCACUACACUACCUAUUGAAAUGCUGUUGUUCAGUUUGUCUCUAUUUAACCUGUUCUGUGAAACGAAUGCACAAGAGCUACUCAUAAUGGGAAACAACAGAAUCAACGUGCGAGCCAUUCUUUUCAUCGCUAUAUUGUUCGACAGAGAGCGGGGUCACAAGAUCACAACAAACUUAAAAAAAAAAGUGAUUAAGAGUUUCAGUCAAAAAACACUUUAAAUGUGGUCCAAACACAAGAGGAAAUGUAGUGAAUAAUUUCUUGAAGGACAGUAGAACCAACCUCUAAUUGGAUUGGUAUCCGUUAGUUAAUCAUACCAGCUUUGUUGAAUUCGCAGUGUAAAAAAGUAAAACCACAUGCAAAGGACCGCACACAUUUUGCAUUAUCAAGUAGAAACAUGCGCAGCACUUUUGCUAGAACUAUAAUAAAUAUAGCUAAAAGUGUUUAUACACAUGUAAAAAAUACAAAGCCACGCAAGACUCAUCGCCAUAUUUUCUAGGUAUUCGGAUCAUAGAAACAGUUACUGUAUGAAUGUAUUUUUGAAUUCUUGAUUGAAUGUAGCUAAAUAUUGGGUAUAAUUCCGAUUGAUGUAUAUAUAUGUAUACAUAUAACAAAAAUGUUUCUGAACCAAAUAGAAGAGGGCAUGUUACAAUUAUUUAAUUCAAAGACAAAUUUUAAAGUAUGUUGCUCUAUAACAACGAGCAGUGCAUUUUGGCGUACAAACUUACAUCCUCACGAACAACAAUUCCGGGUAAAACCUGCCCGAAAUGACACUCACGCUCACGCAGCUGUCCUUCGAGUUCGAAUAAAGUCAGUGAUAUUUUUUUCGACCAGUUAUUACUGCAAAAUCGAGCUUUUUUUUUGUCAAGUGUCUUCUAGCAUUCGAAACAAUUUGAAAAGAGCGGAGCGUCUGCUUUGUUUGUUUGAGAUGAAUUGGCAGGUAAAUUGACGCCGAGCCCCGUUGUUCAAAAUUAUUCACAUUCAUGAUAUUUGCAUUGAAUUAGUUUAGCCAACUAGCGAUAGAUUCCUAUUUAGAAUAGUUGAAUUUGCAACGCACAUGCAGUACCAUAAAUAUCGACACAAAUUCCACAACGCAUUGUGGGCGGCCGGGGUAGAGGACACCGAUUUUGAAACUAUGAUUUGUCAUUUGACGUUGCGCCGUUCAGGGGAGGCAUGCAAAUUGCACUCGAAUGCGCGCACGAAAAACGCGAUUACCUACAUAUCGUUAGCCCCAUCAUGGUCUAAACGGAUGUUUGUCGAGCAAUUACAUGUCGACCAAUUAAAACUUCUACGUGAUGCGUCCGUGUGUAGACAUAAAUGAUGAGUUCCGCGAUUCCUAGCUUUGUAGCUUUCUUCCAUGGUUCGUUUAGUUUUAACUGCUUUAUGGUUUAUUCUAUUGAAUAACGGUUCACUCAUUUAUUCCCUCUUUCACCUAGCGGCUCAAGGGACUAGCAUAGGAAAAAUUGCAUGAAGGUCAAUGACAGUUUUAGCGACGGUUUCACUG